AUGGCCGCUGAUGCCCUGACGGCCGCAGGGACAUGUAUGUUCGACGAUGCAGUGAUGGCUGCGAAGCUGCCUGACGCAGUCGUUCAGCGCUUCAACGAGUGCUUGAUCACAGGCGCUCCUACAACAGAGGAGGACCAGAAGGUCAUCUCGGAAGCGAUCUUCGAGUGGGCCCGGGAGAGAGGGGCAAUAGACUUUGCCCACUGGUUCUUCCCUCUUCGCGGCGGUGGCGGUGCCGUCGGCGGAAUGUUAGGUGCCUUCAAGAAGGACACUCUGAUGGACCUGGAGUUCGGCUCCCAGUUCACGACGAAGCCGAUGAAGGCUUGCCUGCCUCAUGAACGUCUCUUCCAAGGAGAGACGGAUGGCUCCUCCUUUCCCAAUGGCGGCCUGCGUGUCACACACUCCGCAGCUGCCUUCACUACUUGGGAUAGAUCAUCCCCACCUUUUGUGAUGGAUUGCUGUCUGUAUAUGCCAUGCGCUUUCAUUACCCACUUCGGGAAGUGCAUCGAUGAGAAGACGCCACUGCUGCGGUCGAUGGAUGCCGUCAAGACCCACGGCCUUCGCUUGCUGCAGGCUAUCGGCAUAGGCAAGGAUGCUCAGACAAUGCACAGCUACCUGGGAUGGGAGCAGGAGUUCUUCGUGCUGAGCGCCGCCCACUACAAGGCACGCCCCGACUUGGUGAACACCGGGCGCACGCUCUUCGGCAAGCUGCCCACCCGCCACCAGCAGGGAGACUUGAAUUACUUCCAGGCGAUCCCCGGCAAGGUACAGGAGCUUCUCGAUGUUGUGCAGGCCGAGAUGUUGAAGAUCGGUUGCCCCAUGGCCGUGAAGCACAACGAGGUGGCACCUGGACAACACGAGAUGUCCCCCGUCUUCCGUGCUGCGAACGUGUCUUGCGACAGCAACGUCUGCUUCAUGGAGGUCAUGAACCGGGAAGCCGCGAAGCUCGGCCUCCAGGUUCUUUUCCACGAGAAGCCCUUUGCUGGCAUCAACGGCAGCGGCAAGCACGCCAACUGGUCAAUCGGAACUGACACCGGCUUGAAUUUCUUCUAUCCGGGAAAGAACGAAGAUGGGGCCAAGCUGUACGUGACUGCCAUUGCCUGCUUGGCAUAUGGGUUGGCGCAGUACAACGAGAUGGUGCGGUGCACCGUGGCCAGCGCUGGCAAUGACCACCGCUUGGGAGCGCAAGAAGCGCCCCCGGCCAUCAUCUCUCUGUACCCGGGCCAGGGCUUCGAGUCCUUCGUGGAUUCCGUGGUCAGCGGGGGCGAUCUUCUGGGAUACAAGGCCGAGAAGAAGAAGCAGGAGACGGGCUGCAGCUCUGCCAUGCACAUCGAAGCCAACGUCGAAGACCGCAACCGAACAGCCCCGUUCCCGUUCUGCGGCAACCGCUUUGAGUUCCGUGCGGUGGGCUCUUCCCAAAACUGCUGCCUUCCGAUCAUGGUCUGCAACGCGGUCAUGUCUGCUGGAAUGUCGCACAUGGCUUCCCUCAUCGAGGGCGGCAUGAGCCAUCGUGAUGCCGUGGCUCAAGUGUUUAAGGAGAACAAGCAUGUGAUCUUCACCGGCAACGGCUUGCCGAACUUGAACACCACGCCCAAGGCCAUUGCCACGUGGAGCUCCGAGAAGAACACCAAGCUUCUCGAGACGCUGAAGAUCUACACCAAGGAGGAGACAGAGGCACGACAGGAAGUGAUGUACGAGAACUACAUUUCCUGCAUUUGCCGCGGUCUCAGGAGCUGCGAGGUGGAAACCAUGAUCCAGAUGGUCGAGACCGGCUUUCUGCCUGCGUGCGCCAAGGACCUGGACAAGUACAAGGGCGUGGACAAGCUGACUGGUAGCAGGAAGACAGUCUACGAGAACGUUGUGGACCAGGUCGAGAAGUUGCAGGCUGUCUACAAGGCCAAGCCCCACACCUCCCUCGCGGAGGAGGCCACCUACCUCUGCGACACCGUUAAGGCGCAGAUGGUGGCUCUGCGAGCGGCUGUGGACAAGGCAGAGACCAUGAUCGAAGCUAGCUUGUAUCCGUUCCCAACGUAUGAGCAAAUGAUCUACUCUCACCAUUUCUGA